CACGCUAGUGACGCUUACAUUCCCUGCUCCUGCCCUCAGCCAUAUUGAAACUGCAGUUUCCGACUUUGGCUGCCCGGGAAAGUGGCAGAUCAGCUUCCAGCUUAAGCUUUUUUGAAUUUGGAAUUUAAAUAUUUUGACCGUUGGAAAACUUCAGAGAGAUUGUGCCUUCCCGUCUUCAGCCGUUGAUCGGUUGUGUUGAGGUGUCUGAAAGAUGGUGGACCGCUUGGCGAACAGUGAGGCCAACUCUAAACGCAUCGGGGUGGUGGAGGCAUGCUUCGGCACAGCAGGUCAACCGCUGGCCAUCCCAGGUCGAGUUCUGAUCGGAGAGGGCGUUCUCACAAAGCUGUGCCGCAAAAGACCUAAAGCUCGGCAGUUCUUCCUCUUCAACGACAUCCUGGUGUACGGCAACAUCGUCAUCCAGAAGAAAAAGUACAAUAAGCAGCACAUCAUCCCUUUGGAGAGCGUUACCAUAGACACGGUCGAUGAUGAGGGCGAAUUGCGCAACGGCUGGCUUAUUAAAACGCCCACUAAAUCCUUCGCCGUUUAUGCCGCCACCGCUACGGAGAAGUCCGAGUGGAUGAGCCACAUCAACAAAUGCGUUUCGGACUUGCUUGAAAAAAGCGGGAAAUCUCCUACCGGCGAGCACGCCGCAGUCUGGGUGCCCGAUUCAGAGGCAACCGUGUGCAUGCGCUGCCAGAAGAUGAAGUUCACCCCUGUCAACCGGCGCCACCACUGCCGGAAGUGUGGCUUCGUCGUAUGCGGCCCGUGCUCAGAGAAAAAGUUCCUUCUCCCCAGCCAGUCCUCCAAACCGGUGCGCGUGUGCGAGUUCUGUUACAAGCAGCUCUCGACGGGUGCUACUCUCCCACCCCGAUCAGACUCCUACAGCCGGCAGGGCUCCGACUUCUGCAGCAACAACAUCUCGGACGACGACGAUGACGACGACAGCAGUGACUGAGGGUCACUUUUAGGAAACACUGACAAUAUACAGAUCCCAAUAUUUUAGUCUCUCAUUCAGGGUUUGCAAAGGUUCCUCUGGCAAUAACACUUACCCUAAAUAAUUAAAGGCCCUGUGCAUAUGAACAAAAGGUUUGAUGGGAAUUGUUCCUCAUGAACACUACUUGUCGGCUCGCAAUACUUCCACAUUAAAGUCACUCUCAUAGUCUAAUUUAAGUCCCUUCGUGUAGAUGCAUUUCUUGGCAAUGGUGCUCUUUCAUCUUCUUUUGCUAGCUUUUUCUUACUGCUACUUUGCCAGAGAAGCGAAUGUUGCAUAAUGUGAUUGCAGGCUGUUCUUGAGCAUACCCUCCCUCAGGUGAAACCAUGUAGUGCAUUAAGUUUUAAACAACGAGCUGCAUUUAAUUCUACAACUAACCACUAACAAACCAUGAAAGUAUGUGUUUGGGUGUCUCUCAUGUUCUAGUAAUUGCUAAUGACAAAUCAGAUAGACGCUACUAAGCUUGUAAAUGUGUAUAUAAUGCCGUGGGACAGGAAGCCUGUUGCAUAAUUCAUCUGACAAGGUCGCCGCUGCCUCAGUGCCUUCUUAUUUAUCCUCAGGAAGUAGAUCCUGGAAAGGAGAACAGGCCAAUUCCUUUACUUUGAGAUGUCUGCAUUUAAGAGCGCACCUCAUAUACUGCUUAGAGCAUGGGUGUCCAAACUUGGUCCUGGAAGGCGAGUGUUCUGAAGAGUUUAGCUCCAACCCUAAUCAAACACACCUGAACCAGCUAAUCAAUCUCUUACUAGUUAUACUAGAAACGUCUUUGCAGGUGUGUUGAAACAACUUGGAGGUAAAAUAUGAAGGACACCGGCCCUCCAGGACCGAGUUUGGACACCUAUGACUUAGAGGCACACAGGUACCAUUGUAAUAACCGUUUUUAUUGCUUUAAUUAUAUGACUCUAAUAAUCAUCCAAACUAGGCCAUUUUCAAAAGAGUGUAGUCCAACUUAUUGCAUUCUCAGUCCGAACAGUUUGAGCAUCUUCUGAUAGAAGCAUGUUGCAUCUGUACACCACAUGUGUUGAAGUACAUUGACAUCUUUCUAUAGUUCUCACUUACAGAAAUAUACCACAUGCAUGCAGCUUACAGGCAAAGGAUGACCGUUCUCUCUUUGGGGUUUUUGUGUUCGUGAGGUCACAUGACAGUCAAUCCUAGUUUUAAACGGGAAUCGAAAGCAUUUUGAGGAAGUGACUGGAUCACAGCCACCUUUUGUUUUGUUUUUUAAUGACUGUUUGACAUACAAAAAACUGCACUAACAGCUUUCCAAAGUGGCGUAUUUCUUUAUAAAUGACUGUUGGACUUCUUGGAGAGAUACAGUAGUUAAUUUGUUCAGCGAUCUGCUAGGUUUACAGUCGUUUUGUCAAGCUGAUGGAAAAGUCAGCUGUACUGCUUGAGAACUGUCUCAGUAAUGAAUACUUGAUCACCUGUGAAGAUGGCAUGUUUUUGUUUGCGUCAGAAUAACAGAACCGAUGUUGAAAAAGGGAUAUUUAAUUAACCUGACUCCGUCUUAAGAGUCUGUUCAGACCGUCUAGUUUAUAUGCAACAACCGAUACGCUUAAGUGAGAAGUAUUUUUUCUUCUGUACAUUUAUGUGCAACUUAUUUGAGAUUGAAAUAGGUUUACAGUGAUUGACUCAAGGUAAUGAUCUAAUCUUGCUUUUGGAAUAUAACGGCAGAUUCCAGGAAAGUCGUGUAUGGUAUAAUGCUUGAUUUAAUUAAUUAUUUGAAUUAGUCCAAAUUUAUCCUGAGAUUAUUUUUGUUUUAAUUCUACUUUAAUGUUUUAAUAUCAUGCUUCAGUUGAAAUAUUCCUUGAGGAUCAUUUUGGUUUGCAUGUUGUAAACUGUGUACAGUGUUUUUUUUUUGUAAAUGUUAAUUACUCUUAAGCUUUCAGAUAGUUUCUUCAUAGUGUUUCCGUGUGGUUCAUGUGUGCGUUUCCUGAGCACCUCUGGAUCAGCUACCAGCACUUUACUCUCUGCAAACCACAAAAAAGGGGUGGGGCUUUAAUGGGGAGGGGCUUGAGUAGGAAGUGGGCCUGGCCCACAUAUCUGGCCUGCAAAUACAAGAGAAUAGAUUUUCAUAAACUAAGCAAAGCUCAGAGUAGAGGAUGAACGAUAUUGCCAUUUAGUUUCUUUUUUUUGUUUCUUGAACAUCAUUUAUGAUUCCCUUGGAUGGAUUUGGGGGAUUUUUCUGUUUUCUUGUACAUUUUUAAAAAGACUAAAUCUCAUUUAAAACUCUCAAAGGGCUAAAAACUGAAUGUAAUCCAUCAUAUCAUUAUUAGAUACUAAUUUUGAGGAAAAUAUAUGUAUUGCUUAAA